GCAAGGUCGAAGCGAUUUCGCAUGUGUCAUUAUUAAUGUCAAUGUCAAAUGUCAGUCAGUUUUGUUUAUGUUUUGUUGUUGAGUGGGAUUUUGGAUUUUGUACGAAGCGUUUUGUAUUUUGCAUUGUGUUAUUUUUUUCUUUCCUCUUUGUGCUCGUUUGACCUAGAUAUAGUGUUAUCAGUAUGGAGAAGUUUGUAAAAGCUACGUCUAACAAUCUUCCCAGGGUAGACAUUUUUAUGGUGCACGAGUUAUUAAAACGAGAUAAUCGCUUUAAUAGUGCCGAAAUCGCUGGUGUAAAAGCAUCAAGUUCCACCAGAGAAAGUUAUGGUGACAAUGCUAGAGGCUACGUAGAAUUUAAAAAGGAGGGUCCGCUAUGCUCUGUAAAAGCCAGAAUAUGUCCAGAGCAUAAAGUUAGGAGCAAGGCCUACACCAUUGAAACUGUAAUAAAUGAAGAAGAAGAAACUUUUAUAGAUGUUUGUUGUAAAGACUGUGCAGCCGGUGAAGGAGGUUGUAAGCAUGCUCUAGCUUUUUUAAUGUGGCUUAAUCGUCGGACUGAAGAUUCAUCACCAACAGAAGUGACUUCAUAUUGGAAAAAGCCUCGUUUAAGUAAUGUCGGAACCACUAUAAAGUUUGUAGAGGUAAGGCAGGUGUCACCCCAAACCCGGAACAGCCAGCAGAUGAAAGUUUUCUAAAUGAACUUCUGGAAGAAGGGAAACAACAAAAUAUAAAUUGUCAUCAGCUGCGUUCAACCCUAAAUUUCAAAGACAGUUUGGUUGAACUAAGCAUUUAUAGGUUGGCUCUACGUUUUCAAAGGCAGGGAGGAGAUUUCACAGACUUUUUAAAUUUUGCUAAACAGCAAAUGCCUGUCAGUCUAUGUAAAGAAGCAGAGAAGGCUACAAAAAAUCAAAGUGUCCUCUAUGGUUUGAGCUUCGCUAUGCCCGUAUAACAGCCUCAAAGUUAUAUGAAAUAAGUAGAUGCAAGACAGCUGGUACGUUAGUUGAAACCAUAAUAGGAGCUCAUAAAACAAAACCAACAACUGGCAUGUUGAGAGGACAAAAUCUUGAGAAAAAAAUUUUGAAAAUAGUUGAGCAAAAAUUGGACGUGAAAUUAAAAGAUUGUGGAUUUAUUUUAAUGCCUGAUUAUCCAAUAUUUGGGGCCUCUCCAGAUGCUUUAGGUACUGAUUUUGUGGUAGAAGUUAAGUGCCCUAUCAGUAAUAAAACCCUUAAGAAUUAUAUUAACAAAGGAGAAAUAACAAAAAAAUGCAAUGGUCAAGUUCAGCUGCAAAUGUUAGCUACUGGGAUGCAAAAAGCAUUAUUUUGUGUGGCAGAGCCUGAUUUUGAAACAACAAAGAAAGUUCAAAUUAUUUGGAUUAAUUAUGAUGAGGAAUGUUUAAAAUCGUUGAUGGAAAAUUGCAUGGAUUUUUAUAAGAAUAAUAUUUUUAAUAAAAUUUGUACUUGAAUAAUUAUAAAUUUUUAUUGUUUAUUAAUUUAAAAAAAAUAUAUUUUUUAUGUAUAGCAAAGUUUUAUGAUAAGUAAAAACAUAUUCAGGAACCUAGUCUGUAGCAUAGAUAAAUGAA